UUAAAGACCAAAUAAAUAAGACCAAAGACCAAUAUAAUCUUUCCAUGUUAUAACCAUUUGAAAUUCCAUUUUUAUCCCCACAACCAUUUGAAAGCUUCCUCUGUUUCUUAUUUCUCCCCUGCAAUCAAUCACUCCCUCCGUUUUCUAUAUUCUUCUUCUUUUUGGUUAUGGAUACUACAGCAGGUCAAAGUCUCUAUCCAUUGCACCAGACCAAAACUAUUCACCUGGUUAGGCACGCCCAAGGGGUUCAUAAUGUAGAAGGAGAGAAGAACCAUGAUGCUUACCUAUCUAACGAUCUUUUUGAUGCAAACUUAACUCCUCUUGGUUGGAAGCAGGUUGAAAAUCUCCAAAAGCAUGUGAAGGCUAGUGGACUUUCCAGAAAAGUUGAACUAGUUGUGGUUUCCCCAUUGUUAAGGACAAUGCAAACAGCAGUUGGGGUCUUUGGUGGGGAAGCAUACACUAGUGGAAUUAAUGAACCUCCUCUGAUGACGGAAAAUGUGGGACAUAGUGAUCAUCCUGCAGUUUCUAGUCUGAACUGCCCACCAUUUAUUGCAGUAGAGCUUUGCCGAGAGCAAAUGGGACUUCAUCCUUGUGACAAGAGAAGAACUGUUAGUGAGUACCGGCACAUGUUUCCAGGAAUUGAUUUUUCACUGAUUGAAACUGAUGAGGACACUUGGUAUACACCUGAAAGAGAGAAGAAAGAAGAAGUUACUAGCAGGGGACUGAAGUUUUUGGAAUGGUUGUGUACACGUAAAGAGAAGGAGAUAGCUGUUGUUACCCACAGCAGUUUUCUGUUUAAUACCCUCAGUGUUUUUGGAGAUGAUUGCCACCCAAAUAUUAAGACUGAAAUGUGUGCACAUUUUGCCAAUUGUGAACUUCGUUCCAUGGUUAUUGUUGAUAAAGGAAUGAUUGGAUCAAAUACAUCAACUACCAACUAUCCUGGCAAGAUUCCCCAUGGCCGGGACCUUCCAAGUGAUGCUACUGACUAGACAAACAUUAAUUCAAGAAAAAGGCUGACCAAAUAAUAGUUCCUCCUGGUCGUUUGUAAUAUCAGUCAUGGAAUUUUCCCUAGUACAAUAUAAUUAUUGAUUUCUUAGUUGCAUUUUACAGGCAAAAAAACAUUUUUUAGGAACAAUUUAUGUUUGAAAGAGAAAUUUAUCCCUUAUACGGGUAAGUAAAUAAAUUGGCAACAUAUAUAGGUGACCAUUUUUAAGAUUAAAAAAUGUGGAUGCUAACAUUUUUUUUCAA